AUGCUACCGCCGCUCACUCCAGCACCCGUCGCGCUUCACCAGCUCCUCCAGGACCCCUCGUCGUCCCACACUCGCGACCUCACCGACGCCAACGCUGCUCGUGGGAGGGUCAGGACCGCGCUCAAGGCGACAAAGAAGGAUGGCUUGCAGGAUGGGCGAGGCGCGGACUGGGCUGGCGCAGCGAGGGCCAUCGCAGAAUAUUUGCCUUAUCUUUACGCGAUCCUGGCGUGCGUCGAGGCAGACGACCUCCUCCUCGCGACAGAUCCAGUCUACUUUGCAUGGCGAGCCUCGCUGUCGUCGCAAACGCUGAAGAAGGGCAACAAGCGGGCUUUGCUGCCCUCACUACACGCCGAGCUUGCGGGCACCCUCCUCUCCUACGCCCUCUGCCUCUCAAACCAAGCUUCCGCCCUCGUCGCCUCUCUCGGCUCAUACGAAAUCUCCGCCUCCGUCUCUUCGUCCGCGAUCAAAGUCCACGACGAGACGAUCAACCAGGCUGCCGACGUACUGUGCCGAGCGAGCGGGAUCUUGCUGCAUUUGGCAGAGGUGGUCGUGCCGAGAUGGGAGGCGGCGGUUGGGACGGAGGCGUUGCGGGCCAGGCCUGUUGAGAUGACCCGGGAGGUCUGCACCGCACUGGGAAAGAUGUGCCUCGCCGACGCAAACCUCCUCGCCAUCCGCCGCCUCUUGUCCCGCUCAAUAUCCGUCGCACACUCGACAACCACCCCCGGACCUCCGCUUCCUCCGUCACAUCCUUCCCCCUCGCUUCUCGCCAAACUCCACCUCCACGUCUACACCCUCUACGCCGAGUCCCGUUCGCUCGUCAAAACCGUCUCCGCGUCGUCCUCCUCAACAGGCGAGAUCUCCCUCCCUUUGCGCCGCUACCUCUCAGACGGGCGUACACUCGCCCUCGCACUCUCGUACAAAUGGCUCGGCGUGGAUGCAGGCGAACAAGGCGCAACGGGGGACGCGUUGGGCUAUUUAGGCAUGGCGGCGCGGGAGCUUGAGGUGUUGCGGGAGAAGGAUAAGGGGAUUAAGGCGUUGAAGGGGUUUGGGAAGGGAAAGGCGGCGGGGAAGGGGAGGAAGGGGAAGGUGCAGGAGGAGGUGGAGAGUACCGAGGCGUUCGCGAGCGCGUACAAGAAGGUCAAUGAUACGGUCCACUUCGAGGCUGUUCCCUCGCCCCAGACCCUACAAGCCAAGAUGCCCUCCGGCCGCGCCGCCUUGACAACCAAGCCAUUCGCGCCACCACGCCCCGCCUUCACACCACGCGCGACCGGCACGCUUCCUCCUCGCAAGAUUCCGCCUCCACCGGCCGAAGCCGCUCUCGCCGGUCUCUCGCUCGCAGACUCGGGCGCGGACAGCUCGGAUGAGGAGGACAGUGGCGAUGGAGGACAGUUGGGUGAUUACUUCGGGGCUGGAUCGUACUUCUGA